ACAAUCAAGCUAGACCCACGCCAAUCUUACCGCUUCUGCUAUAAAUCUACCACAGAAUCAUUUGAAUACUUUCUUCCAAAAUGUAAAAAGCUGCAAAGAAAAUUCAAUGCCUGCAUCAGGUUCAUCUUCAGAUUGGCGAGGUAUGAUCAUGUUACUCCGAGUAGAAGGCUACUUGGUUGGCUGACUUUAUCGAGUCGGCGUGAUUUCCUAUUAGCAUGCACUGUUUUCAAAAUGCUGAGAUUUCGUCAUAACAGAAUAUUGUUGCAAGACUUCAAUCUGUUGACUUUGGUUGACAACUCAUUUAUUGUCACGGCAGUCAGGACGUGGAACCAGUUACCGGAGGAGAUUGUGACAAUUGCUGAUUACAAUGAAUUUCGGUCAAAGUGCUACAAGUUUUUUGUGGAUAAAGACUUAUAA